AUGUCGACGGCAGUUGCAUCCGCGGCUGCGGCGCCCUUAUCCUCGCCGCAUACCACCCGUGAUCCCAGCCCCAAGAACUGCCCGACCUUAAUUCCUCCGCCUGCGGUGAAUUCCUCUCCACCUCGGCCAACAGCUUCGCGAGAUGCGCCGCAAGGAACACCCGAGAACAAGGCCCCAUCGCCGUCUCAAGGCAGUGCCGGUCCGAAGAUAACCGUGAAAAAGGAACCGGCUUCUCCUCCGCGCAUGAGUCGCCCUCGUCCCCGAAAGCUGGAUCUCUCGACAAGUCUUCCUACCUCCAGCGGUUUGACCGUCCGACCACCCGGAGGGCCCAUGACCGCUCGCGACGUCAGUAUGCAAGAUGUAGGCCUAGCCUGCUUGUCGCCGGGCUUUCAAACCCAUGAUCCAGUGAUGAGAGAACAGCUUCAGCGGAGUCUCUCCGUGCGCGAUCAACAGCGAUCAAUAAUCGAGUCGCGACUACAGAGAUCUGCCAAGGAUGAUGGACCGGACGGUAUCAGGCCAUCUAUGGUGGGUUUCAUGGGAAUGCCACCAACAGGUAGCUCAAAGCGACGCCCGCCGCCAGGUCUCUCAAUCGUUCCACCUUCGGCAUCGCAAUUCGCAAAUGAGCGAGUCAUUCAAUCUGCUCCAUUGAACCAGAGCUUUACCGGUCGAUACCAACCCCAACCAUUGACCCGCCAUGUUGUCAACCAGAGCCCAACUCUAGGCUCGACUUCUCACAUGCAUCAGAUCCCGGCUCCUCAGACCAACAAUCGCUUGCCUCCACUAUCAGAUGUAUUUGGGUCCGAUGCACUUGGCGCCCGGGAUAGAGAACCCGUCCGUCAGACUCUAUACGUGAAUGCGUCGAGCAGCAAUUCUUCGCAGUCCAAUUUGGCCCCCAUGCCAUCGCCGGGACUGCCACCAAAUACGUCUCAGACCCCCACUCGGCUCCGUGAAUAUCGGUCUGCGGAAGAAGCCGUGCAGGAAUUGUCUGGCGGUCGGGAAGAUCUACUUCCCCGAAUCGUGCAUUAUGGGGGCCAUCAACCUCCUACUCCACCGUCGCCUCAGACUUUGUAUGCAGCUCCCAAAACGGCCCCCCUGGUGAGUGAACCAGGCCCCAUGGUGCCUCCGGCCCCUACUUUCCCGCCUGCCGAUAUCACUGCACGCCGUCGUCCUCGCAGCGAAUACGAAAAUGACAACGGUAGCCCACCUUUGGGCCAUGGUCCUGAUUCUCAUUUCCGACCAAAUCCUGCAACCAUGCCUGGCCCCAAUGCUACUUUCCAUGGUCCCUUUGGAGCAGGAAGAGAUUCACCCGAGACUCAACGGAAGAAGAAAGAAGAGUUCCUCGGCCUUUGUUCCCGGGCCUGGGAUCUCUUCCACUCGUGA